GGCAGGCGGGAGCCGGGCGGCGGCCGGGCGGUGCUCUCCCGCCGCCUGAGUGGGCGCGGCGCGGGACGGCGGCGCGGGGUGCCGGGAGCCAUGGGCUAUUGCAGCGGCCGGUGCACGCUGGUGGCGGUGUGCGGCGCGCAGCUGGUUUCUGUGCUCGAGAGGCAAAUAUUUGACUUCCUUGGUUAUCAGUGGGCACCCAUCUUGGCAAAUUUCAUACACAUUAUUGUAGUCAUACUUGGCUUAUUUGGAACCAUCCAGUAUAGACCUCGUUACAUAACAGGAUAUGCUGUCUGGCUGAUCCUUUGGGUUUCAUGGAACGUGUUUGUUAUCUGCUUCUAUUUGGAGGCUGGAGACCUUUCAAAGGAAACAGAUCUCAUUCUGACAUUUAAUAUCUCAAUGCAUCGUUCAUGGUGGAUGGAGAAUGGACCAGGAUGCACCGUGACCUCAGUAACACCAGCCCCAGACUGGGCUCCAGAGGAUCAUCGUUAUAUCACUGUCUCGGGGUGUUUUCUUGAGUAUCAGUACAUAGAAGUGGCUCAUAGUUCUCUUCAGAUCUUCCUUGCACUGGCAGGCUUCAUCUAUGCCUGUUAUGUUGUGAAAUGUAUUACUGAAGAAGAGGACAGCUUUGAUUUCAUAGGUGGAUUUGACUCUUACGGCUAUCAAGGCCCACAGAAGACAUCUCAUUUACAGCUACAGCCUAUGUAUAUGUACUAAGGGAGAUGCCCCAGACCUCCUUCCUGCUUCCCAGCACCACAGGGCCAGAGCAGAGGUGCUGGUGCUUCCCUCUGGCUCCUCUGGACUGCAGCCUCGACCGCCAGUGGGGCCCAUCUGGAUUAAGACACAAACCAAGCCAAUACAGUGCUUUUGGAGCCCCCUCCGCACUCCUGGCCGGAUUCAGUCUCUGUAGUCAACACAAGGCUAAGAAUACUGGGAUGACCUUGCAACAGAAGUCAAUAGACAGCACGUUGUUUGCCCUGAAGGCUGUACAGUUCAUACUUGCCUUAACCUAACUGCAUUGCACAUCAGAGAAACUCAGUGCAAGCUUUCUGAAGUAACGUCCUUUAGGCUCAACACGCUGUCAUUAAUUCUGAACGAUUUCUAAGUCAGUAGUUUUCUUUGUUUUGUUUUGUUUUCAUGUCAGGGAAUAAGGCUCUGUUGCUCCGUGGCUCCAGAGUGACCUAGUAGAAAACUGCCAGCUAUCAGAAAGUGCUUUACUUUUGAGGCUCCACAGUGGUCAAGAAACAAACCGUUUAUAAUGAUUAAAAAAAAGAAGAAAAAAAAAAAGAAAUAAGAUCUUUUGGGGGGUCAGGGAGGGGGAAGGGGUAACAUAGACUAAUGAUUGAACCUACUGGAAAUAAGCAACAUAAACAGUGCUUCUUAAUCCCGCUGUUUUUGUUUAUCGCACUUUAGGUGCUUUUAUAGCUAUCUCUAAAUGUCUUUUACUAACUACAGAGACAUCUGCAGAUUUCUAUCAACAAAGGCCAACUGAAUAUGUACUAGCUAUGUUUACUCUUUUAUAUCUAAUUUCAACUGAAAAUUCUCUGUAAGUGAACUUUUUUUUCUAAUCGCACCCUAAGGGAUCUAUAUAUUUUAUUUUUUGGUUUCGGUUGGGGAGGGCGGGAAGGGACUAGCUGAGUUGAAGAAAUAUUGAAGACCUUUUUGUGGUAUAUUUGGGGGAUCUGUUGUGUGUUAGAAUGUGUAUUUUAUCUUCCUGUAUUAUUGUGGCUGAAAAAAACUGUGCUGUUACGUAGUUGGCAACAAGAUGCCUUUGGGAAUUUUGCUAGUAGGUCAAUGUGUAUAUGAAAUACUCUGAACUCCUAGGAACAUAUGUUUUGUUCUAAAUCUGAUCUGUAUUUUCAAGCACUUAGGUGGCUUUCAUUAGGAGAAACCAAUGUUUUACUCAGGCUUUUCAGGAUCUUGAAUUAUCACUGUUUCUUUGCUCAGACCCUGCACAGGCAAAUACACACGUCUACACACCUGUGGUGGCCACAUAGGUUUUGAGGGCAAGGGGGAAGGUCAGUGCGUGGAAGUGCUCAAGCUGCCCUCAAAUGACUGACUUUUCCUCAUUCGCCAAACCCUGGUGCCCACGUGGCUUCUGAGCUCCCACAGCCCAUGCACAAACUCAACACAUCCAUCCCUAUAGAAACCAAUGCCCUUUGCGUGUCUGCAUGGAUGUAAAGUGUCACAAACCACCACUCUGGACAAUGACAGAGGAACAGACCAGUGAAGAUAAGAUACAGGACACGUUCAGGAACUAUACUUACAUUUAUCCAGUGAGAUAUAUAUAUAUAUUUAUGUACGUGUGUGUGUGUGUGUAUGAAUAUAUAAUACACAGGAAUAACUAUUGAGAGGGGCUGCAUAAUCCUGGGAGUGUCUGGUGCAUGGGGCCAGAACUCCAGGUCCUGUUCAUUAUUUCCUGCAUGAAUUAGGCAAGUCACUUAAGCCUGAUCCAGUAGAACAUUCAAUGCUGUUUUGGAUCUCAAGUUCAACUUUUCAGACUUGGGUACCUGAAAUUCUGAUCUCAUUCUGGGGUGGAGCUGCUUUCCAGUCCCUGGGAAAUCAUGCAAUUUCCAAUUGCCAAGCUGAAAUUUCCCAUAAGCUGAAAAUUUUUGAAAGUUUUAUGUAAUAUUUAAUGUAGCAGAUGUAUAAUAUUAAACACAAUGUAGAGGUUUAAAUGGAAUGAAAAUGUCAUAACAGGGUAUUUUAGCUUUCCCUGUAUAGCAGUUAAUCAAAAUCAUGUUUCUAUAAAAAUCAUUUUCUUAAUAUGGAAAGAAACCAGUUUAGGCACUUAACUGAUGAUCCAAUUUUGAGCAGAUAAUUUUUCAUACCUUUCAGUGGUUUCCCACAGAAUGGCAACUACAGGUAGUUAGCAAUUUUAGAAGUCAGAAAAUUUAACGAAGCAUCUACAAAUAGUUUGUGGGCCUAAUUUUAAUUUUUUUUAAAAAAGGCCUUAAUUUCUCUGUCUUAGUCUUCCCAUCUAUACAAAGGGAAUAAUAUCUGCCUCACAUAUUUGUGUGAGGUUUGAACUGUUUAUGUUUGUAAAGUGCUUAGGAAAUAGGAAAAACAUUUAAUGAUUAAGUAUUACAGUGGUAACUGCUUAUUCAUAUAUUACAUAUAGAGUAGAUAUACACACACUCACACAUGGAUUACACAUAUAUAUAUAUACAUAUAUGCCUAUAUGAAGUUGAUAUUCAUAACCUUGCUUAAGUUGCAGUUAGAACACCACCAUUAAAAGGAAAUUAGGACUGUUGACUACUAAACUAAAUGAUUAGUGGACAGAUCUCUUCUGGAAGCAGUUUAGAGCACAGUAAAGUGAGAAUAUCUGGAUAACAAUUUUGAUUUGUACAGCUGUAUCCUCCUCAAAAUCCAGUAAAGAAUGUUAUUUUUCUAGGCUGGGCUUUUGUUAUAAACUUAAAUAUUCAGAACGCAAGAGAUACAAUCCAAAUGUGUCUUUUUUUUUCUUUUCUUUUUGGCAUUUGUUAAUUCUGAAUGUAUUUUUAACAAAAGUGAUUUUUUUGACUUACUAGUGUAAUUUGCAUUUAAAACAAUAAAUGGAAAAAAUAUAGGUUUCCAAGCUAUUCAUGGCCCCUUGCUGCUAUUCACAACUUACAGGAAACUUAGAAUUACAGUUGCCAGCUGAGCAACAAUGCAGGAUAAAGAAUCCUGUUACAUUUACAUGAUGACAAUCCUGAUCUGUGCAGUGCAUGGAUGUGACAGCACUGAAUAGAAAUUGCCUGGUCAUGACACCAUUUUAAUGCAGCCAUAGGUAGCAAGAAUUUUCAUUAUCACUGACACUAAAAGGUUUCUUUUACAAGACUGACUGCAAUAGACUCUUCCCUUAGAAAGCAUCUUUUUUUUUGCCCACUCAUUGUGAAUUUUAAGCAUAUAGUAGGUUUACAGUUGCCAACAGUGUUAAAUAUGGCAGAAGUAAUACUUGGUAAGAGUAAGCUAUGUAACAUUAAUAUUUCCAUUGCAUUCAUUUUCCUUUAUAUGAUAUUCCUUGUCUCUAUACUGCAAUGAAGAAAUCCUGUCUUAGGUAAUGUCUUUACAGAGCUCUUGUAUAUUGACAGAUUGCCUAAGGGGCUUUAAUGAGGGACCAUAUACAUUUCAAGAUAUCUGAUUGUGUUCUCUUCAUACUAUUCCUUAGUUCAUUAAUUGUUGCCUGUAGGAUUUUUUUAUGCUGUAAUUGUAGUGAAAGUGGUACUUUUCAGUCAGGUAAAGAGAAAAUGAUUGUGCUCUACUUGCUCAAUUUAAGUACUGUUCGCAAUGCUCAGGAGCCAUACAGCAUUUUGAAACAGGCUGGUGCAAUAUGUAUUGAUUCCUGAAUGUCUCCAGAUAGGAAUGGCUGCUAACUCAGUCUCAGAAGGUUUUUUAGCCAUUUGCACUCUCACCUUCCAUUUGAAUACACUGACAGCAGGCAAAACAUAACUACAUACAGCACUAGUCCUUUCAGCAUUUAAUACUUUUAUUUUCAGUUCUCUGUUUUCUUUUGAAUGCAAUUAUUCAGAGGUUGUCUCUCAGUAAAUCUCAUCCAAAUCCGAAUCUGAAUUUCCAACCAAAGGCAGAAAGCCCCACAAAUAGGCUACAUAUGUUUCUUUUUUUCAUUUUCUUUCUUUCUUUUACUUUCUUAUUUGCUCCAAGAAGUCUCUUCAACUUACCUGAGAUCAAACAGGUAAACUUUCUGAGUUUUUUUUCUAGCUAAUGUAAAUCUGGCUUCUUUAUAGUGCAUAUGGAUUGGAGACAACCACUAAAGGUGAAUGAGAUUUUGUUAAAGAACCAAUACAUAUGAGUAUUGCAGAAGGUACUGUGUCCACUGUUCCUUUGGGAAUGAUGCGGAUCAGUUGUCAUGCUAAUCAAUCCGCUCCAAGCUAAGUGCAAUAAUAAAUGUAAUUACCGUAUAUAAAAGAAACUGCCCUUCAAACUACAGUUGCUCAUUCUCAUAAAGAAGUAGCACAACACCAAAUGAGUGAAUGAAAACCGUUUCCUUCUCUUAUUGUCUAUCAAACUUCAUCCCCCUAUGGAUCACAGAAAUUGUCUCUGGUCUUGCAUCCUGACAGGUGCCUCUGUUGAGUCCUUGACAAGGAGAAACAACUGUGGUCAGCUGGAUCUGUAACCUUCUCUCCUGAUGGGAGAGAAGGAAGGACACUGUACCAAAUACUGUACUUUAAGUAGUGUCAUGCAUGCAUUGUUAUCUAUCUUCCUCCAGACGUACAAAAGAGGUCUCUCAAAAUGCUCUGUUCCUUCAUCUCAGAAACCGGGACAGAUAGUCUUUUACAAGGUGCUUCCAAAUUCUGUUGACAUCAGUAAAGAGUUUUUUCUUUAAUUAAAGAACAAUUUUUUCUGUUUUCUCUUGAGUAGAAGACAGCUCUCAAAACUUCCAGAAGCCUUGGGAUUAAAUAUUUUGAGCAGACUGUGAAACUUGAAAAUUUGAAAAAUUGCUUGGGGCCAUCUCUGUCUCAAAAUGAAAUCAUGAGGACAAAGGCAAGACUUUCUACAUUCACUAGUUAAAAAGCAUCUUCACUAUCAUCUCUUACCUAUCUACUUCCCCAGCAUUGUCCUAAUCCUGCUGGCAAAUAAGUCAUAUGGAGCUAAACAUGGAAAAGUAUUAAUUUAUACUCUUCAACAGUCUGCUGUAUUCCCAUGCAUUCCAGAGUCACCCUUACCUGAUAAUAGUCCUCUCUUUUUUUCCCUGUCACCAUCUUCCUGACCCUUUCUUACUCCUGUUCUGCCUGAAUACAUCUGCAAAUCUCCUACUUAAAAUACAUACUGCUCUUCGUCAUAUCCAUUGUAUGAUGACAGUGACUGCAAUAUUGGAAGAUGAUGUCAUUGAGGUUAUGUACAAAAUUGGAAGAACGAGAAGCCUAAAGGUUACAUAUGUCCUCCAAAGGCCCAAGAUAUAGUGAGACACUUUAUACAGCUAUAAAGGUUGACAGUGUUACAGAUACCAUGAGAUUCAACUGGCCUUAGUAAGAAUCAUUUUCAAAUGUGCAAUUGCAUUUGCUAAAACUAUAGUUCAGUUGAUACAGGGAGUCAUAAAUACCUAGGGUUACACAAGAUACAGGUGAAAUAGAAACAGAUUCAUAGAAAAUAUGUUUAUAAACAAUUUGACCAAAUCAGACUUGAAUUUCAGUCUCUUUGAAUUUGUCUCAGAUUUUUUUCCUAUUGCAAAUAUUUGGAUGGUUGAUUUCUGUGCAUGCAGGUGUUCAGAAAUGAACUCCUUGUUCCUAGGGGGACGUAUAAGUGUGUGCAGUUACACUGGUUUACGUGAGAUUCUCAGUAUUCAUGCAUCUAUGUGCAUUUGCAUUGUGUUGGCUCAUUUCUCUCUGCAAUAUACGUACAUAAAUAUCAUCUGAGUAUAUUUCACAGUGGAGAAACAAAACUUUAUACACAGUGUCUCAUCUU